ACAGCGGAAGUGAAUGGCAAGCAUGUGGCAAACGGCAAUAAAGAAGAGAUCGCCGCCAGUGGCGAUGAGGUCGAUGCCGUGCAAGAGGCGAUCGGGAAUCUUGGCAAAUGGCAAAUAUUCGUCUGUCUGGCGAUUUCUCUCGUCAAGUUUCCGAUUGCUUGGCACCAGCUCGCGAUCGUCUUCAUGGCGCCGCAUCAGAACUACAACUGCACCGCGCCGGCACGUGAUGAAACGUCUGACCAGUGUAUGGUCAAUGUCAAUGGAACGGUGACAGAAUGCACCGAGUGGGAGUACGACAGGAGUACGUUCACGGAAACAAUAAUAUCCCAGUGGAACUUAGUGUGCAGUCGAACACAUUACGCCAAUAUUCAACAAUCGAUAUUGAUGUUCGGCGUCCUCCUGGGCAAUGUAAUAUUCGGCAAUCUAGCAGACAGGUACGGUAGAAAAAUGCCGUUGAUGGUAUCUGUAGUUUUGCAAUUAAUUUCUGGUAUCGGAUGUGCCAUAGUGCCAUGGUUCCCGGCGCUUUUGUUAAUGAAAUUGAUUAGUGCCUUAGCCACUGGAGGCACGAUGGUUACCAGUUACGUUAUUUGUAUGGAAAUUGUCGGUACUAAAUGGCGAGCAGCCAUCACAGUACUUUAUCAAAUACCAUUCAGCUUGGGUCAUAUGUCAUUGGCCGGGCUCGGGUAUUUCUUUCGCCAUUGGCAACAUCUCCAAAUCGCCAUCACCCUGCCAUCCAUCAUCCUCCUAAGUUACUGGUGGAUCGUGCCUGAAUCUCCUAGGUGGUUGCUCGCCUUUGGAAAGCAGCGUGCGGCUUGCAAAGUUCUGCAGAAGGCAGCUAACAUCAAUAAGAUUAAAAACAAGGACAUUCCAGAGUUAGUCAGGCAACAUUGCUUGCAUCAGUUUUGUUGUACAGCGGAAGUGAAUGGCAAGCAUGUGGCAAACGGCAAUAAAGAAGAGAUCGCCGCCAGUGGCGAUGAGGUCGAUGCCGUGCAAGAGGCGAUCGGGAAUCUUGGCAAAUGGCAAAUAUUCGUCUGUCUGGCGAUUUCUCUCGUCAAGUUUCCGAUUGCUUGGCACCAGCUCGCGAUCGUCUUCAUGGCGCCGCAUCAGAACUACAACUGCACCGCGCCGGCACGUGAUGAAACGUCUGACCAGUGUAUGGUCAAUGUCAAUGGAACGGUGACAGAAUGCACCGAGUGGGAGUACGACAGGAGUACGUUCACGGAAACAAUAAUAUCCCAGUGGAACUUAGUGUGCAGUCGAACACAUUACGCCAAUAUUCAACAAUCGAUAUUGAUGUUCGGCGUCCUCCUGGGCAAUGUAAUAUUCGGCAAUCUAGCAGACAGGUACGGUAGAAAAAUGCCGUUGAUGGUAUCUGUAGUUUUGCAAUUAAUUUCUGGUAUCGGAUGUGCCAUAGUGCCAUGGUUCCCGGCGCUUUUGUUAAUGAAAUUGAUUAGUGCCUUAGCCACUGGAGGCACGAUGGUUACCAGUUACGUUAUUUGUAUGGAAAUUGUCGGUACUAAAUGGCGAGCAGCCAUCACAGUACUUUAUCAAAUACCAUUCAGCUUGGGUCAUAUGUCAUUGGCCGGGCUCGGGUAUUUCUUUCGCCAUUGGCAACAUCUCCAAAUCGCCAUCACCCUGCCAUCCAUCAUCCUCCUAAGUUACUGGUGGAUCGUGCCUGAAUCUCCUAGGUGGUUGCUCGCCUUUGGAAAGCAGCGUGCGGCUUGCAAAGUUCUGCAGAAGGCAGCUAACAUCAAUAAGAUUAAAAACAAGGACAUUCCAGAGUUAGUCAGGCAACAUUGCUUGCAUCAGGUAAAAAAUAAAGACAAACUAUUUCAUAGUUUCUAA